GGGGCCGCCGCGUACCGGGGGUUGUCCCGUUGCCAUGGCAACACCCGGCGGGGCCUUGCCUCCGCCGGGCCCGGUCCCCGCCUCAGCCCGGUGCCGGGGGCUCUGCCGGCACCACGGCGGGCCGGAGAAGGGGAGCGGGGCCCUGGGGGGCCGGUAGCGGUGUGGGGGGACACCGGGGGUGGGUGUCCCGCCCGCGGUGAGGUUUGUCCUCCUCGGUCGUCGCGUCCGAGCGCCGCGUUUCCAGGCGUGCUCGGGAGGUGGUGCUGGUCUCCCGGCUUGGGCACCGCAGCAGCCGGGGAUGGUCCCCGCGCUGCCCGGGGAGGGGGGUGACGGGCGGCGGGGGUUGUCUUUGGCGUGGCUGGUCUUACUGGGGCUAAUUGGGGCAGUUAAAGAGGGGUUAACCGAGAGAGCCACCCCUGGGGCUCGGGUGGUGGAGGGGGACUCCGUGCUGCAGUUUGCCAGUUUGGAAGCGGGAGGUGUCAUGGAGCCUCACUGGGCAUUCCAAGAAAGAACGGUGUUGUGUAAAUAUGUUACUGAAAUGUGCAGCUCUGUCAAAACGCAAAGCUCUGCCUGGAGCUGGGAAUCACUGCAUUCUGUGACAUGGAUUUCUUAAUUGUUUUCUCCCUUUUUCUGUAUAGGGCCAGCUGACCUGGCUGUGUCGCUUAUUGAUUACAGUAUUUAUCACUUAAGAGGUUCUGUGUUGUUCCUGCUUGAUCCUCUGUGCUCUUCCACAGUGCGGUUAACAGCAGGGCAUGGCUGUGAGAGCCUGUGGCUUGAUCAUCUACAGGAGGCUGCAGUCAGCACCAUUUGCUAAGGUCACUGACGGUAUUGAAUACCUCCUCCUUCAGACAUCCUAUGGGACCCAUCACUGGACCCCACCCAAAGGCCACGUGGACCCAGGAGAGGACGACCUGCAGACAGCCUUCCGGGAAACACAGGAGGAGGCUGGUCUGCAGGCCAGUCAGCUCACCCUCAUAGACGGGUACAAGAAGGAACUGCACUAUCCUGCCCAUGGCAAACCAAAGACCGUCGUUUACUGGCUGGCAGAAGUGAAGGACUGUAACACAGAAAUCAAGCUCUCGGAGGAGCACCAAGCUUUCCAGUGGCUGAAGCUGGAGGAUGCUUGCAGAUAUGCGGAAUAUGAGGACAUGCAAGCAACGCUGAAAGAAGCACAUGAGUUUCUCUGCUCAAAAAAAUAAAUGCAUUUGUGAAGGAUAAGGGGAGUUUAUGAAGAAACAUGGCCUGCUUUUCUUUUUGUUGUUUUUUCCUUUUUGCUUUGUUUUUUUUAACCAGGGGAAGAACUACAUGGCUGCAGAAAUGUAGAUUCCUUAAAUUGUACAAAUUCAAUGAAGAUACUUGAAGCUUUUGAAGAGCUUGUGCUUUUGUUUCCCCUAGCUCAUGCAAAAAAGCAUAAUUGAACCAUGAGCCAGAGAUGUCUGAAUUGAAACCCAGAGCUAACAAAGACUUCCUCUGUUCCAGCCUCUUUUUUCCUUUUUUUUUCCAUUUCCCCUCCUUGAAGUGCUGAGCAACCACAGGUCUUUUUGAAAAAUCAAACACCUGAUAUUUCUUGACUUGCUAAUGUAGAACUGCAGUGUUGAUAAAAUGAGCAUAUGGAGAUUUUUAAUAGCAGCAUAUUUACUGCAGAAGGUGCACCUUGCAUUUCAAAUAGAGAAGCAAUAGUUCUGUUCCCAACUCCUCCACCGUUAUGCUGUGAUAACUUGUCAAAAUCAUUUCAGGUCUUGUUUGUUUGUAUCACGAAUUUAUGUACAUCCGUAAUGUACUGUUAUGAAAACAUUCUCCAUGCAAAGAGUCUCAGUAAACACUUGAUCUACAAUA